AUGAUUAAUUGGCGUUUCACUCGGGGCACGGAGGAACAGAUGGAGGCCUUCCUCACCGGCUUUGCCGACGUAUUCCCCCUACAGUGGCUGCAGUACUUUGAUGAACGUGAACUUGAGGUGAGUGAUUGGCAGCUGCAUGUCUGUCUUCUAUUUGUUAAACGCUCCGUACUGGCUGUCUGGGAUGCAUGCAUGCGUGUGAAUAGGGGUGUCUGCCACAGUCGCCGAACUUAUGCCCUCCGUCCCUCAGUGGCCCGUGCCCCCAAAAGCUGA